AUGUCUAGCACCAUAGAGACUAAGCCGAAAACAGUCGCAGCUCGCUUCGAAACCAAAGACUUGGUUACAUUUGACAAAGACCAAGUCUAUGGCGACUGGCGCGAUGAGUUCCACAAGAAUGGCUGCGUGGUGAUCAAGAAUGUCAUCACUCCUGAACGGGCCCAGUACUACUGUGACAAGCAAAUUCAGUGGUUGAAAAACUUCGAGCUUGGUUUCGAUGAAAAGGAUCCCAGCACAUGGACGGUCGAUCAUCUGCCAAUCAGUUUCAAGGGUGGGAUGUACUUCUCGUAUGGUUCGACCCACGAGAAGAUUGCUUGGGAGGCUCGUACAGAGCCUAAGGUCGUUGAGACCUUUGAGAAGCUGUGGGGCACCAAGGAGUUGAUCUCUUCUUUCGACGGGAUGAACAUUUCAUUGCCAAAUCGCAAAGAUCUAAACUGGAGUCCUUGGCCUCACUGUGACCAAAAUCCAGAGCGAAAGGGCAUGCAAGCCGUCCAGGGUCUUCUCAACUACGCCCCUAACGGCCCCAAAGAUGGCGGUCUCAUGCUAAUGAAAGGGUCUGCCAACCAGUUCAACGAGUUCUUCGAGCACAAGCGCGAAUCUGCAGAUCACGAAGAUGCCCCACCUCCUGAAAUCCAAUACAUGGAUCUGUUCCUUUUCAGCGAGAAGGAUAUCAAGUGGUUUGAGGAGCGAGGCUGCGAGCUGGUCAAAAUUAACAUGGAGCCUGGCGACUUUGUUCUCUGGGACUCCCGGACCAUGCACUACGCACGCCUGCCUGAGGGCGACCAGAUUAGACAUGUGCAAUACAUCUGUAUGACCCCGAGAAAGUUCGCCGAUGAAGAGGCUUUGGAAGCAAAGAAGAAAUGCUUCGAGACAUUCACUGGGACUACGCAUUGGCCGCAUUGCAACAUCCGUCCUGCAGAGGAAAAGCCCAUGCGGGAUGGAGAAGUUUGUCCCAAAUACCGGACGGAGCCGUUCGAGAAGCCUACCAUUACUGAACAGGUGCUUCGGUUAGCCGGUGUGAAGUCUUACUGA